AUGUUAUGGGAUUCGAAAGAUCCAGAUCAUUUAAAUAAAAGCAAGCGAGAAGAUUGCUGGAGGAAGAUUUCUAAGGAAAUGAAGUUACCUAUACCCGAGUUGAAAAAGAAACUUGACUCAUUGACAGAGCAAUCCUCAACAACCAGGACCAUCACAACAACCGACGCCAUCGCCACAACAACCCGAGCCCCACAAGAACCCACGCCAUCCCCACAAGAACCCACGCCAUCCCCACAAGAACUCACGCCAUCCCCACAAGAACCCACGCCAUCGCUACAAGAACCAUCGCCAUCGCCACAACCAUCGCGAAAGAAAAUACGGCUGAAUACGAAUGCACAAAAUGAUUCUCUUGACAAUAUAUUGAAGGACAUUUUUGCCAUAAUUGAGAAAAGUUCAACUUCCAUAAAUGAUCCAUGUGUAGCAUUCGAUAAUCAUAUUGCACAUGAACUCAGAAAAUACGAUUCUUACACUCAAUCAUGUGUUAAAAAUGCUAUUAAUACUAUUAUUCACGAAGCGGACAUAUGA